CACGGAGCCAUGAAUGCCUCUUACCCUCAGCUUGUCACCCUCUAUCCUGAAUAUGUGGUCCUCUUCAGUUAGCAAGGAGGCGCGUACAUUACUGUAAGGUAAUUGAAGCACUGUGCAUCACUUCACUGGCGUGUGACAUCCCAGCUGCAGCUCCACCAUGAAUGCAAAACCAUGUGUGUCUCUGCUCCAACUCUCCAGAAUGGGGUUCAGACUUUGUGCAUCCAAAGCCCCUCGCUGCAGUGCUGGGGCCUUGAACUUAACUUCCCCUUACCUUCCACAUAUCUCACUCCAUUCGCCUGUACCCUGCAGUCAUCCUUACUCCACCAACGUCAAGGUGCGCUCCUAUCUUCAGUACAUGAAACACAUGAUCCUAUCCCGUCCCAGUCCUCCUUACUGUCACGUGUGCCAGGUCGGGGACCCGGUGCUGCGUUCACAUGCGUCUGCCGUUGACCCUGCAGCCAUAACAGGCCCUGAGAUCCAACAAGUCAUCAACACUAUGGUGAAAGUGAUGCGGAAAGUUGACUCUGUGGGACUGAGCGCGCCUCAGAUUGGGGUGCCACUUCGCAUCCUGGUCCUGGAAUAUACUGAAAGGAUGUUGGAAGAGAGUUCGCCUGAAUCGAGGAAGGCCCGUGGCCUUUCUGUCCAGCCUCUGAGGGUCUUUGUCAACCCCCAGCUGAGGAUCCUGGACGGACAGACUGUGCUCUUUCAGGAGGCCUGUGAGAGCAUCACAGGCUUCUCUGCGAGAGUUCCACGCUUCCUAUCAGUGGAAGUGUCUGGUCUGAAUGAGAAGGGAGAAGCUGUCUCGUGGCAGGCCAGUGGCUGGCCAGCUCGCAUCCUCCAGCACGAGAUGGACCACCUGGAUGGCGUCCUCUACAUCGACCGCAUGGACAGCAAGACCUUCAUCAACAUCAACUGGCAGGCAUACAAUGAAUAAAAGAUCCUCAGGACAGAUCACAAGCAUUCACAUCUGAAUCUGUAAAACUACAAUGAUUUGACUGAAGUUCUGCUCCACCGUAUCUCUGAUCAACCAACAUCGUGUUGCUGAAAGCCUUUCAUUUGCUGUUUGAGCACAUGACUGUAUCUUCCAUGUGAAAAGUCUUCUGGCUUGGUUUCGGGUUCUGGUAUAAUAUAAUAUCAGGAUUGUUGUUAACUGCUUCAACAGAAAAUCCAUUACUGCAGUGGAAGUGUAUCUGUGAUUGGCAAAAGCUGCAGAAACCCCAAAAGCUACGAUCUUUCAGUACAUCACUUUAAAGUCAAGGCUGAGAGAGGCAUGUUCUGCGCACCUCAGUUCUUUGUCUGUUGAAUAAAGAGGCUCAUUUGUUGGAUGAUAUGUGAUAAAAAUGAGUGAAUCGCAAGUGUGUGACCCUUGUCUGGCACCAUCAUGACCGAAAAAUAGCUGUACUAGUUGGCAAAUUAGGGGAAAUGUUUGUGGAGCAAAGAGCAGUAGCAAUUUAUCCAAAUUACUUCUGCUCAACUCUUGUAAAGACAUUUAAAUGUAAAACAUCUUUCAGAAUUCUCAAAACUUAGCAGACACUAUUUGGUAAAAAUUGGUAAUGCUACAGGUUUUACAUGAGAACGGAUGGAUCUUUGUGGACUCUUUCACGUGCAACCAGACUUCAUCUCAAUGCAUGUCGGUCUCCAUGACUUUCACAGGUCCAUGACCAGUUUUUGUUUGUGUUAUUAAUCAUACUAAUUUUGUAUUCAAUUUUUCCUUGCAGCUUCAUCAGCAAAAUAUUUUCUCUAACACUAAAUGUAUUAUACUAAAUUAAGUUUAGUGGAUAGGUUGACGUUGGGCCAAAUAGCAAUUGAUUAGAUUUGGAUUUGAUCCAUCCAAUGAAAGCACAUACACACCACCAAAUUCUGGUGGUUUCCAAGUUUAUAGAUAUCAAUAUUUUAUUAAAAAUGUGACCUUAUGUGCUCAUAAAAACAGCUUCAAUCCACUACUGUUCUGUCACACACAUUAAAAAGGCAUUUCUUUUCUGAAACGUAAAGUUUUGACACAUAGAUCAUCAUAUAAAUACAUUAAAUUGCCACUGCCCACCCGUUGUGUUUUAAAG